AGCUACUGUGGGAAGAUCUAUACUGUCCUCCAGUUUUUCUAUAUUAUUUUUGGUCCACAAAUUGUCUUGGAGAAGAAUGGUUCUGGCAAAUGGCUCUAUUGUGACUGAAUUCAUUCUCUUGGGAUUAACAGAUGAUCCCAGACUCCAAAUGCCUCUUUUCUUACUGUUUCUAUUAAUGUAUAUGAUCACAGUACUGGGGAACUUGACUUUGAUUAUUUUAAUUAUGUUAAAUGCUCAUCUACACACCCCCAUGUAUUUUUUCCUCUUUAAUUUGUCCUUUGUAGAUCUCUGUUAUUCUUCUGUGAUUACACCCAAAAUGAUGAUGAAUUUUAUACUACAGAAAAAUCUUAUCUCUUACAUGGGUUGUAUGUCCCAGCUCUACUUCUUUUGUUUUUUUAUAAUUUCUGAAUGUUAUGUACUGAUGUCAAUGGCCUAUGAUCGGUAUGUAGCUAUCUGCAAUCCACUCUUGUAUAACACUGCCAUGUCCCCACGUGUGUGUUCUUAUCUUAUGCUUGGUUCAUAUUUGAUGGGAUUUUCUGAUGCCAUGAUCCACACUGGUUGCAUGCUCAGACUGACCUUCUGUGAUGGAAACACCAUCAACCACUAUUUCUGCGAUGUCCUCCCUUUGCUGCAGCUCUCCUGCACCAGCACCUAUGUCAAUGAGACGGAAAUCUUCAUUGUAGGGGGGAAAGACAUCAUUUUGCCCAGUGUCAUCAUCUUUGUCUCUUAUGGCUUCAUCAUCUCCAGCAUCCUCCAAAUAAAGUCCACGGUGGGUAGAUCCAAGGCCUUUGGCACCUGCAGUUCCCACAUAAUUGCUGUCUCUCUGUUCUUUGGAUCAUGUGGAUUUAUGUACCUAAAACCUUCUUCUGCUAUAUCAAUAGACCAAGGAAAAAUAUCUUCCAUUUUUUAUACCAUUGUGGUUCCAAUGUUGAACCCCUUAAUAUAUAGCUUGAGAAACAAAGAUGUUAAAAUUGCCCUAAGAAAUAUCCUGAAUAAGAAGAAGAUUUUUAUAUAGUUACAACAUAGAGAUUUUUAGUGUUGCAUACA